GUGCUCCUCUCCCAUCCGCCUCUCACGGUCCUGUCCGCCCGAAGGUUACACUCUCUCGCCUCCGUCCUGACAAUAUGUCGUUUUACCAAAAUAUUACCAUCAAAAUGGUCGCUUUUGACGCGGUUUCUGUCGUCAGCUCCUAACCUUCGGCCCGGGGACGGAAAUAAGACACGUAUGCGUCGAACCAACCGCUCUCUUUAGACGCUUUAUCCCGUGUUGGACGGGACAGCUCAGCACCGACUGAAGCCUUCUGACCCUUAGCACUCGCCCCUGUUCGCCCUGAGAUGCUGCCCAGCCUGCGCGGAGUCCUGCGGCCCGUCCGCCACAUGAGAGCCGGGAGCGGGCCCCUCCGAGCCGGACUGUUUAGCCAGAAAGCUCCCUCCUCCCUGUCCAGCCCGUGUCUGUACCGGCACUUGGGCACUCACCCGCUGAAGGAACCCGUGGAGGCCCUCAACUCUCCCCGCGGGGCCAAGGAGUUUAUUUACAGCCUCCAUCCGACGGAACGCACCUGCCUGCUGCGGGAGCUGCACAAGUUCGAGUCCAUUGCCAUCGCUCAAGGGCAGCUCGAGAUUGCGCCACCUACUGCUGCACAGUUAAGAUAUGUUCUACUGCACAAUGCACUCCCUUUCGUUGGAUUUGGAUUCCUUGACAACUGCAUCAUGAUUGUUGCCGGCACACAGAUUGAGUUGUCCAUUGGCGUUAUCCUUGGCAUUUCUACUAUGGCAGCUGCUGCUCUCGGCAACUUGGUGUCUGAUCUGGCAGGACUCGGGCUGGCAGGUUAUGUUGAGGCUUUAGCAUCUCGUAUGGGCAUGCAGAUUCCUGACCUGAAUCCGAAGCAGGCGGACAUGUGGCAGACCAGAGUCAGCUCUCACUCGGGCAAAGCUAUCGGCGUGGGCAUCGGCUGCAUCCUGGGCAUGUUCCCGCUUCUCUUUUUCAAGGACGAUGAGGAGAAAAAAGCCAGCAAAAAGGCCAAGGCUCAAGAAAAAGCUGCAACAAUGGAGGACAGCAAGAAGUGACAACAUGUCAAACUCUUUCUUUCUGGCAGGACACUCCUUGGACCAACAUGUCCUUCAACCCCCAACAUAGUCUGAUUGUUAAGAAGACUUCAAUAUUAGUGCAGCACAUGGACGUCUCCUGAAGACUCAUCAUCAUCAUCAUCCUCAUCAUCAUCCUCAUCAGCCUGCUGCUAUCCCUUUAGCUCCAAACACUAAACUGUGACCUUGGUCUUCAGUUCCUGGGACUGACAGGAUCUGAUCUCACCACAGGAGCACUAAGUAGAGUUAAGACCUGCAGGCUCUUUUCUUUUAGACUGAAAUGAAGCUGGAUUGUGUUCAUGUGUGUGUAGUCGCUCUGCAUGCUGACUCACUAACGGGCUGAGGUUUGCAUUAAGCACAUUUAAGUCAACACUUUUUUAUUGUUUUGUGUUAAACUGCAGUAGAAUCACUACAACACAUAAUCAGCUCUCUGAAUUACUAUUUUUUGUCUCAGGCUUAGUACUCACAUAAAUAUUAUAUUGAUAUUUGACAUAAAUCUUCAUGAUGUAGCAGCUUUGAAUCAGUCAGCACAAAACACAUUGGAGCUCAACUGCCCUCUACUGGUUGACAGUCACACUGCACCCACAUCUCUGAUACCGCAAGUGCAAACGAACAAGAUCCAAUAAAUGUCUGCCUUGACUAAAUAUUCAUGCUGACUUUAGGUGAGUUAUACACCAUAAUAAUAUGAUGUAGUUUUCAGUGGUAAACAAAAUAUUACAAUAUCUUUGACUGUCAAUCAAAUCUGAGUUUGAUGUUAAGAUCGCAUUGUGUAAGUGUUCAAUAUUUAUGUUCUCUUAUUUAUAUAUAUAAAUACAUACAUAUGCAUAUAUAUACAUAUGCAUAUAUAUGUAUAUACAGUAUACUGUACAUAUAUACAUAUGCGUAUAUAUAU